AUGUCCCUUUUAUUCGGAAGACUUUCAAGGACGCUGAUGCGUCCAACCAUUGCACAAAGCAGGACAAACCUACCCAACAACACUACCACAUCACUCGUUUCGUGCUCCCCGGCCAAUUGGAUGGAGUCUCCUGCUUUUUCAUUGGUAUCCCUUCGAUUCAAGGGAGGAGUGAAGACCAACAGUGGUGCCAAGAAGCGAUUCCGCGUGCGUGGAGGUGGUUCCAUCAAGAGACGACGAUCGGGGACCUCACAUAAUACAGGAUACAAGUCUCGGCAAUCAUCAAAUCGCUUGGGAAGUUCCACUGGGAUUGACGGCAAAAAGAUGGAACAACGAGUGCGAAAGCUAUUGGGCGUCUUUUAA